GGCUGACACCCUCAAAAAAAAAAAAAUCAGGGAGCAACAGAGAAAAAGAUUAAAAAAAAAAGAAAGAAAAUUUCCAGAGUCAGAGACCAACACUCAGGCUGGGUCCACGGCCUGGGGUGUGCCCUGCAGCUGGGGGGCGGGGUUGGAUGUUCCUGGAGUCAAGGAGCCAGCAGUCUCCGGACAGGAUGUGAGAGAGGAACUGGGGUCUCCAGUCACGGGAGCCAGCCGGGGCAGCAGGAGGGAAGGAAUCGUGGCUGCAGUGAGUACAGCUGGGUCCCAGACCGACGGAGCAGAGAGCCGGGCGCCGGACUCCCGAGGCUCGGGGAGGAGGGCGCGAGGGUCUCCCGCUCAGGAUGCGGGUCCCCCGGCCUCAGCCCUGGGGGCUCGCUCUCCUGCUUCUCCUCUUGCCUGGAACGCUGCGCGCAGCGGAGAGCCAUCGCUCCCUUCUGUACCACUUAACCGCCGUGUCCAACCCGGCCUCGGGGACGCCUGCCUUCUGGGUAUCAGGCUGGCUGGGCCCACAGCAGUACCUGAGCUACAAUAACCUGCGGGCCCAGGCUGAGCCGUAUGGGGCUUGGGUCUGGGAAAGCCAGGUGUCCUGGUACUGGGAGAAAGAGACGACCGACCUGAGGGACAAGGAGAAACUCUUCCUCGAAGCUCUCAAAGUCUUCGGGGACAGAGAUUCCUACACCCUGCAGGGCCUGCUGGGCUGCGAGUUGGGCCCUGACAACGUCUCAGUGCCCAUGGCCAAGUAUGCCCUGAACGGUGAGGAGUUCAUGGAGUUCGACCCCAAGCUGGGUAUCUGGGAUGGGGACUGGCCUGAGGCCCGGACCAUCGGUAUCAAGUGGAUGAAGCACCCUGAGGCGGUCAACAAGGAGAAGACCUUCCUGCUCUACUCCUGCCCUCACCGGCUGCUGGGGCAUCUGGAGAGGGGCCGUGGCAAUCUGGAGUGGAAGGAGCCACCCUCCAUGCGCCUGAAGGCCCGACCAGGCAACCCGGGCUUUUCCGUGCUCACCUGCAGCGCCUUCUCCUUCUACCCACCGGAGCUGCAACUGCGAUUCCUACGGAAUGGGCUGGCAGCUGGCUCUGGUGAGGGCGACGUUGUCCCCAACGGCGACGGCUCCUUCUACGCCUGGUCAUCACUAACAGUCAAAAGCGGUGAUGAGCACCAGUACCGCUGCUGGGUGCAGCACGUGGGGCUGGCCCAGCCCCUCACUGUGGAGCUGGAAUCACCAGCCAAGUCCUCGGUACCAGUGAUUGGAAUCUUCAUCGGCUUCCUACUGCUCAUGACAGUGGCUGCAGGAGGAGCUCUGCUGUGGAGGAGGAGAAAGGGACUGCCAGCCCCUUGGAUCGCUUUCCGUGGGGACGAUAUAGGGGCCCUCCUGCCCACUCCUGGCCUGUCCAAAGAUGCUGAAUCUUAGGAUAUAAAUGCGUUCCCAGCAACUGCCUGAUCGUCCCCCAUCCUGGCUGCUACCAGCUAAUGUAGUCAGGUCCUUUUCAUGCUGUGAGACCUCCAGGAAUCCUGGUAUUUCUGAGCCUCCAGAAGGACUCGAUGUGCUCCCUCUGGAUUUCUCCUGUGGUCUGCCUCAGUUUCCCCUCCUGAUAUGUAUGGCUUUUUUCCACCUCCACGUAUAACAUGGGUUUGGGCCCGAAUCAUUGUGUUCUCAUAGUUUACUUUUUUUAGGGAAAUGUAGGGGGAAUAAAUGGUGCAUGCCUUGGGCUUCAAAUCUCUCCUCAGGCUAACUUGUUGCCAUGGUGGAAUCUGCCAAUUUUAUAUACCAAGUCAUGUAUUUUUAAUUAAUAAAUUUCACAAAUAUUCACUGAA